GGUGGUGUAUAUAGAGAUGUUUAUAGAGGAGGUGGUGUAUAUAGAGAUGUUUAUAGAGGAGGUGGUGUAUGUAGAGGUGUUUAUAGAGGAGGUGGUGUAUAUAGAGAUGUUUAUAGAGGAGGUGGUGUAUGUAGAGAUGUUUAUAGAGGAGGUGGUGUAUGUAGAGGUGUUUAUAGAGGAGGUGGUGUAUGUAGAGAUGUUUAUAGAGGAGGUGGUGUAUGUAGAGGUGUUUAUAGAGGAGGUGGUGUAUGUAGAGGUGUUUAUAGAGGAGGUGGUGUAUGUAGAGGUGUUUAUAGAGGAGGUGGUGUAUAUAGAGAUGUUUAUAGAGGAGGUGGUGUAUGUAGAGGUGUUUAUAGAGGAGGUGGUGUAUGUAGAGGUGUUUAUAGAGGAGGUGGUGUAUGUAGAGAUGUUUAUAGAGGAGGUGGUGUAUGUAGAGGUGUUUAUAGAGGAGGUGGUGUAUGUAGAGAUGUUUAUAGAGGAGGUGGUGUAUGUAGAGAUGUUUAUAGAGGAGGUGGUGUAUGUAGAGGUGUUUAUAGAGGAGGUGGUGUAUGUAGAGGUGUUUAUAGAGGAGGUGGUGUAUGUAGAGGUGUUUAUAGAGGAGGUGGUGUAUGUAGAGGUGUUUAUAGAGGAGGUGGUGUAUGUAGAGGUGUUUAUAGAGGAGGUGGUGUAUGUAGAGAUGUUUAUAGAGGAGGUGGUGUAUGUAGAGGUGUUUAUAGAGGUGCUGAUCCCUGACUGUUUGAUCCUUUCCUUCCCAUCCUCUUAG